AUGCAGUGCACUCCUGAAUCAAAUGUCUAUCACGACAGCUGCAAAGGCCCACACUGCUAUGACUGUUCUGACAGUGGCUACUCAGGUUUAUUCCACAGUCCACAGAGCAUCAGUGGAGCAGACUCUUGUAGGUCUCUGUCUUCAGUAGACUUCAAUGAAACACCUAAAGAGAACAUCAGGCUUUCUGUCACACCUAAAGAGAGAAGCAGAGAAUCUGUCAGGUAUUUGGGUAAAGACUCUAGAGAGGCACAGUCACCAUCAGCAGUCAGCUGGUGUGAAACUCCUAAAGGAUACAGGAGAGAGGCCUCACUGCGACACAGACAUCUCAUGUUCAGACCCAAUGCAGAUGUCAAAACUGACAAAACAAGAUCACCAUGCACCAGAAAGACUGAAUCAUCCAUUAGUGUGAGGUCUGAACACUGGCUCAGUGUGUCGUUCGAAUCUCUGGACACUGGGUCGUCAAGCACUUUAAAAUUGGAGCAGGACCUGCCGUUAUCUAGUAGGAAACGUCGUCUCCUGUUCUCUCAGGUGAGGACCUCCACUCUUGUAGAUGGUAAACUCAACUCUGCUCAGCUCCCCAGUUUAGCAAGACAAGUUUCACUCUCUGAUACGGAUUUCAGCGCGAGCAUUUCCGCCUCUGAUCAACUCAAUGUCGAGACUCCACGCUUAAGUAAAUUCCUGCCUGCCUCAUCUAAGGAAAACACUCAAUCACCAGCCAGCGGUGUGACAAAUUACUUAAAUGGCAGCUCAAGUGUCAUGCGUACACCAUCAUCUUCACAUACACCCAAAUACAUCAUGUACGCAUAUGAAGACAGUGGUUUCAGUUCCCUGACGCUUGAUAAGUCUCAAGACUCCUCGGUGGACCAUGACGGCUCUUUCCAGGAGCUGCUGCUCUGUGCCUCCAGAGGAAACUGUAAAACCCCAAAUCUGGCAGAGGCAAAGCGGCGCUCUGUUUUGCAGCGUCAGCACAGGCUUUCUACACUUAAAGAAGGGGGCUCCCAGUCUGAGGAAGACGUGACGGACCGAAAGCAUGAACAUAAACACCACAGACGUUCUAACGAAGAUGAGGUUUUUGCAGAAAGUGCCACUCCUCGCAGGGUCCUCUCUGUUAAAUGUGCUAAUACCCUGACCUCUGAUGGUUUGGCCUCUGCAAAACAAGAGUAUGCCACCCCACUAAGAGUGACUACAACCAAGCCAGAAAACAUGACGCCUAUUAGCACAGCCCCUGCUAAUCCAGAUCUAACUCCUCUCAGCACAACCCCAGUCAAUCUCUCUCUGACUCCAGCCCUGCAGCUGGUUCAUGCUAUGUGCCAGCAGAAGGCCCAGAUGUUUGUUGGCCAAAGUCCUAGCCUGAAGGAGCAGCUGAGGUCCACAGCAGCACUUUCUGAAACCCCACUGACGUUCAGGACCACUAUGCCUUUGGCAGGGCUGAUCGGUAGGAAGAUGGGUCUGGGCAAGGUGGACAUACUCACAGAGCUGAAGAAGAGGAACCUCAGGCAUAUCCUGGCUGUUAUACUUAGCCACCUGACAGCUGAGUGCAUCUAUAGAUGUGGACAGGUGUGCAAGAGCUGGAAUGAAAUCAUCCAGAAGGACAAGCGAGCCAGCUUUAGGAGAAGAAUUCACCUGAGUGAAGUGGAAGCUUCUUUGGAGCUUGGUGGUGCUGUCCAUGUCCCUGAUGCUGAGACCAGACUGACCAUGCUUAAGAGGUCAGCCCUCAAGACUGUUCAGGCCCAGUCCAGGACCUCCAGCUACUGCACCCCGCAGUCAGGAAAAAGCACUUUAACCCCAUUACAGCGCAGCAUCUUAUAUUCAGGCAGCAGCAGCAAACGUGAAAAGUUUCUAGAAGUUGCCAAAACCCUCUUCAAUGACGAGUGCCUCAAACCUUGCCCUCGGUGUCAGCACCCUGCAAGGUGUCACUCAGUGAAAGGGGAGGGUGUGUGCAGCAGUGCUGACUGUGGCUUCCAGUUUUGCACGGCCUGCUUUUGCGCUUUCCACGGCUCUAGAGAGUGCGGCAGCCUGUCUGUCGGUCGUCGCAAGAAGGACACACUUCUUCCAGGAAGCGCUCAAAGCAAGCGGAACAUUAGGAGACUAUGA